CCCUGUAAGCCGUUCAUCUGGCACCUCGGUUGGGUAGGUGGAGACAAACUUGUCGUUCAGGUGGUGUCAAAAUGAGCCCCGUAGGUGUGGGCUGUUCCCUAAGUUUGUGGUUGUAGAUUUUCAAAGGGACAGACUUAUUGGCUAUGGGACCAAGUCUUCUGUAGCUCGAAAGAUGUCAUCGUAACAGGAGGCACCAAGGAGCUUAAGAGUAACUCACGCACGACCCAGAGAAAAUGACGAACGUUCCUCGGGGGUUUGAUUUUAGCUUCCUAAAUGACGACGAAGCCAGGAAGAUCCUUCAGGUGCUGGAAAGAAAUGAGGAGCUGCAGAGGGCAGAGAAGGACAGAAUCAGCAAGCUCCAGAAGACCAAGAGGGAUAUCAGAUGGCUUCAAGGAGUGACUGGUGAAUGGUUUGAAGAAAUUCAAAGAAAAAAGUUUUGCAAUGAAACAGAUGUCAGCCAAAUGUUAAAACAACCCCUUACAUACAGGCUAAGGAAGGGGAUGGCAGAAAAUGAUCCUCUGGAAUUACAAGCAUCCAGAUCUAAAAACACACCUACUCCAAGAAACCCAACACCCGUUCCCUCCCGGCUGAGCUUCAAAUCCUCAUUUGCUUCCCUGUUCUCAUUCAGAAAACCCAGGAAGGACACUUUAAAGCUUCAGUCACUGGGACAGAAAGGGUGUGACGGCCACGGGGGACCUCCUGUGUCUGUGAGGGGAGCUGCUGUGCAGGCAAAACGAUACAGUUCACCUCUGGAAAACCACCCAGUGAACAGUGCAUUUGCGCCCAGGCCAGCAGGCAUGAGGGAGGGAAGCAGUGUGCCCCCGUGGGGUGCUUCUGUGCUAGACAACGAGUUUUUCCGAGUUUUAGAUGACUUGGAUAGCACCCUGGCUCAGGAGCAGUCUUCAAGCUCAGUGAAUUCAAGAACGCCUCUCAACUAUGGACCAAGAACACAGUUCAGUCAUUUUUACUCCAGUGGGAACCAACAUGGAAAUACCACAGGAAGGCACAAAAACCACGCUAAUGAAACUUCUAAUAUGUCUGUCUAUGACAUCCUCAGACCAGGAGCCCCUAGAGAAGGAUUUAGAACCUUUUCUCCUAGAACAAGGACCAUUUAUGAUAUGUACAGAACAAGGGAGCCCCGAGUUUUAAAAGAAGAUUAUGCGCAAAAGAAUGCUUUCGGCAGUACUUCUCUGUGUUUUGACAGCAGGCAACGAUUAGCCUCACCAGCCACAGGGCGUUUCUCAACAAGAAGCAUACAUUUUCCAGCCACUACUCAGAACAAGAGUGGGUUUAUGCCACCAAGCCACCAGCAGAGCCCAAAGAGAACUCCUUUAUCAUCCAUCAUAUGGAAUAGAUCAGAUUCUUCUGGAGAGAGGCCGAACCAGGAAGAGUUCCUGAGGGCACCAUCACCAAUGGAAAUUGACCCUGCCGACCAGUAUAUGUAUCCCAGGUGUUUUCAGGAGACUAGGAGAUAUGAAUUUUAUCGUUCACAGAAUAUUUACCAGAAUGUAAGUUUAAAUUCCCCCAUGGAUCGCACAGUGAGUCCUGACCCGUUUGAGAACUCAGAGAACAUGCCAUUCUACCGUCAAGACAACCCAUUUGCGAGGUCUUUUUUUAGCAAUACCUUUGGACGAAGCAGGCAACAGAGAUUUAGACAAAGUCCUUUCGGGGGCCAACAGGAAGAACAUGCUCCCUGGUCUGGCUUUCGUCAAAGUAGGAAACCUUUCACUUCUGACAGAGACUUUGAAAUGACUUCCCCUGAGGCAAACUGUGCAUCAGCUGGCCACGGCCAUAAUGUUUCUUCCCAACACUGGGCAUCAUUUUCACCUAGCUACAGAACAGAUAUUUCCAGAGACCAAGAAGAGCCAUAUCCCUGGCAGUUUGAUCCUCAGACGUCUACUCUGGAGAGCAUGGAGGUGUCACAAGGUAAUGGAAACCAGAGGACUCAUUUUGGCACACCAAAUAUGUGCUCCAUGGUGGGUUCAAACUAUCACAUCAAAUCUAGGGGGUUAGGAUGUCAACAGGACAGUUCUCCUGUAGAAGUACAUGGAAACAAAGAACCUUACUCAUUUGGAACUGCUCCGACUCUGGCAUCCUCAUUCAGAAGUUCUUUCCCCCAGAUUUCCGAUGACAAAGGGAAUCGUCAGGGUCCCAAUGUUCAGAAUCCCACGGUCACUUGGCAGAAAAGUAAGCCUGCCUCUCUUCUAAUAAGAAGCUACACAGAAGUCACUGUGACCAACAGCGAUUCAGUUGAUUCCCCACCUCUUACUCAAAGCCAACCCAAUAUCUUGGCCUCAGAAGUGAAUGAUGAGCAAGACUUGAAUGGAUCUAUUUUGGAAAAAGACAAACAACUAAACAAGAUGGACCAGACAAACACAACAAGUGAAAAGCCCCAACCAGAGACAGUAAUCUCUAAUCCUUUAGCUGAUUUUCAAAGUCCCCUCUCCCGAGACUCUGCCAAAACCAAUGGACUUGUUUUUAAUGCAUCGACCACAAAAAGUUCAAAAAAGUCACCCCAAGUCAUUUCUGGGAAAGAUGUCUCCAAAAUGCAUAUAUCACAGGGAGGUAAGGCCAAUGAACCAAAGGAAGAUCAGAGUUACACUGAAAACAGAAAACUUGGCCCAGCAACUUUCUUUCCUUUCAUUCAAGAGAGCAGAAUACCAUCAUUGACUCCCAGCCCAAGUGAAGGUGGCCUCCAGGAGUUAACAGUAAGUAAUGAAGCUAUUUCAAGUACUAUUGAAAGUAGCCACUGGAGCUCUGAAUCUACUGGUAAUCAAAAUACACAGUCACCAGAAAUGUCUGCUAUUUUAGAUACCAAGGAAGAACAAUGUACCAAAACGCAUUCCACCAAUGGUAGCAAGUCAACUGCGGGCCACAGUAUCCCACGUGAUUCUUUAGGUCUGCCAUCAGGUACAGCACCAGAUUCUUCGCCAUCAAAUAAUGGUUUCCUUGGUGCUCUGAUAGUUCCUUCUACUACAGUGUUCUCUGGGAAAAGCCUUUCAGGCAAAGAUCCAUCUUUGAGAGAAAAAGAAAAUGAAGACAAUAAUAGCAAGCAUGAAAAUAAUCCGUUUACCUUGAGCCCUUCAGAAAAUGAAAGCAGAGAUGCUAGUUUUGUGCCUAUCCAUCACAGAGUGGUUGAUGUCAAACCCCAUUCACAUUCUCCUGUCAGGGCUGGAAGGGGAAAAGGAAAAGUAAGACGGCGUAUAUCCUAUCUUGAAAAGUUGAGCAAAACAGAAAGUAAAUCAGCACCCACAAGUGGCAGCAGUAGCCUCAUGGAGGUGAAUCCAAGUGAUCCCAAGGCUCCUGAGCUCCACACAAUUUACUGUAGCUUACCAAGAACAGCAGACAGUUUCCCCAUUAACAGCAGGAAGUCAGAAAGUAAGAUAAUGGCUCCUUCAUUUAGGAAUAAGCAACUUCCACGCCAAUCUGAAACUGAUGUAGAGGAUCCAAUAGGGAGAAACACAUCAAACAAGUUCAGCCCCAGUUCUUCUGAGUCAGAAAUCAGCUGUUCCAAAGUAGUUUCAGACUCGGCCUCAGCUGGGCCUAAAGCCACAGAGAGGAUGACAAACACUGGGCCUGCUUUCAUUAGAAAAGGACCCCUUCCAUUCCUCAUCAAGAGGGCUGUGUCAUGUCCUUUAGGGGUACCAUAUGCCUCCCUUGGGAAAGAUGAGAGAGAAAAAUGCUUGAUCACAGACAUGGAUGCUUCUGCUAUAACACUACAACCUUGGGAGAAAACCUUGAACCCUCUGGAAAGUGACUCAUCUGUUAGGGAUUGUUCUUUAACCAAAAGACACCACGGAAAGGAACACUGUCAAGAAUGCAUUGAAAAGGAUGGUAAAAUUGUUGCCUCCAAGACAGGUACAUUUUCCCUUUCAAAUGAAGACCCUUUACCCCUUUCUUCGGCUAUGUCAGGGGGAAAAAGUGGGAAAACAUUACAUAAAGUUAAGACUACGAGCAUGUUUUCUGUUUCUGGUGAUGAAGAGAAUGUAAAGUGUCUUGAGAUCGUGUCAAUAUAUUACACUCUACCAAGGAAACACAGCAAAAAAUUCUGUAGCCUCCUCCAAAAGUAUACUGAAAAUAUUGACUCACUUACAGAAUCAACUAAAGUGGCAUCUGAAACAUUCCCUGAUACUUUAGAAAAAGAGAAACUGAAUCAUUCUGCACAAGAGCAGUCAGGAACAACUUCAUCUGAAGACCUAAAGUCUCAGGAAAACAGCAGUUGCCUUUCUCACAACACUGAGAAUGAGACUGUUUUACAAUUACCAAGUAUUGGGCCCUCAGAACCCACACUACAGGAAAUGGCUUCUAUUGAGGCAGAUGUUUCUCUUCAUAAAGGAGAAUCUAAAACUAGAGAAACUACCCCAGAUAACUUAGCUAAAACACCUCUAGGUGAUUCACAAAGCAAGAAAAAGAGGGGGGGAAAGUUGCAAAGUGAAACCCUGCAUACUUCAUCAAUGCUUCAGGGGGAAAAAGUCACAGAAGAGAAAUCUGAAAAUUGUCAGCACUCCAUUAAAUCUGCUAAUCCUCCAGCCCAUUCAGAAGGGAACGUUGAAAAUCUGAAAACCAGAAGUAGUUCUGGGGGGUGUGCAGGUGGUGGUGUAGCCAUCACAACUACUGGAAGCGCAAAGUGUCUUCAGAAAGUCAGCACGGGAAUCGCUAAAGAUGACCGCUCCGAUGGAUUGCAGCCUAGGAAAGUCAGAGGAGCAGAUUUCCAAAGAAAGACGGAUAAAGCACUUUCUGACUCAGAAAGCCAAGUCUUUGCUCUUACGCCAGCUUUGCAUAAACUACAUCUUGAUGAGGAGACUUGUUCAGGUGAACGAGAUUUGGAUAGUUUGCAGUCGGAACCCAAAGAACUACCUCAAAGAAGUCAGGAGGUAACUCUGACAAAGAAGGGGAAGGCUAAAGAUGAAACACAGGGGUUGGCAUGGGAUCAACUCUCACUUCCUGCAGGAAGCAAUAAAGACAAAACCAGUUUGGAUGACCUAGAAAAGGGGAAAAGCAGAUCUUCCGUUAAACACAGAUUGGCGGCCAUGUCCAAAGCAAGCAGAAAAUUUCCAGCUAAAGAUGUAAGCCCCAGAAGACAUAUAGCUACUAUCUUCCCCCCAGGUGAGAACAGCUCUGGUUUCGGUGGUUUAUCUCUUGGCACACCAGACUGCAACCCAGUGUCCCCUGAGCCUACCCCAAAGUCCACAGAAUCUACAGAUGAAAACAAGUUGAAUCAUGAUGGAAUGGAUGUGAGGAAAUCUGAGGACCCUUUCCAGAUUACUAUGAUACCCAACAGAGAAGCUUCCACACACUUAAGCAAUCAGAAGUCUAGCAGCAUUUCACAACCACGUCUGGAUGAGUUUAGAAAUAUCUCAGAAUCACCACCAAAGCAUGAGAAUUCUAAAGAUGUAACAGUAGUUCAGAGUUUGGAAAGAGAGUCAGGUACCCUGGCCCAACCCACCUUCACCAGCCUCAGCGAAGUCGAUUUCUCCAGCCAUUCGAGGAGGCUGACCCCUCGUCUACCAUUGGAGCCUGCGGAGAAAUCUACAGUGAGCAUCCCGCUGGCCAUGUGUCAGCAACAACAAAGGAGCACUGCAUCUCAGGAGUGGGAACCUGAACCACACCCCUAUCGUUCAAAGAGUUUAAAAAAUAUCCAUGUGCACGGCAAUCUGCUACGCCAAAGUCAUCCUCCGAAAGCCAGGGAGCGCCAUUUUUCUGAAAGCACUUCUAUUGACAAUGCCCUGAGCCGCCUGACCCUUGGGCACGAAUUCCCUAACAACAGUGAGUCCAGUCGAAGAUUCAAGUCCUUUUCUGAACUUUCCUCCUGUGAUGAAAAUGAAAGCUGGGCUUUGCAGAGUGGCAGGGCAGAAACGGGUCCCAAGUCAGCAACAUCUAUAUCCAGGCCUAUUGACUAUGGGAUAUUUGGGAAAGAGCAGCAGUUGGCUUUCUUGGAGAAUGUAAAGAGGUCACUCACACAAGGAAGGCUCUGGAAACCAAGUUUUCUGAAGAACCCUGGCUUCCUGAAAGAUGAAAUAGUUCACCCUCCUAACCCCAUGGAGUCAUCGAGCUCAGAUUCUCCUAGCAAUCUGACGCCAGAAGGUGGCUUACCUCCAAAUGUACCACUUAAUAUCUAUGAAGAGGAUCCACUGGACUCAGACUGUGACACAGACACAACCACAGAUGAUGAGUACUACCUGGAUGAAAAUGACAAAGAGUCAGAACUGUGAGGCUUUUUUCAAUAAAAUGCAUAACCUUUUCUCCAAAAGCUGAUAGUGGAAAUUAAGUAUAAUUGUGUGUGUCUAUGGGAAGAACAAAUAUAUAAAAAAAAAGAAAAUCUAUUUGGGCAGUACCUGCUCUGAAGCAACCCAAAUUCUUUUUCUUUUUUCCCUCUACUUCCUGAAUUCCACAGCAAUCAAUUCUCAUUUUGAGGGAUUCUCUGCUAUUUUCUUCCUCUGUAUAUAUCCUUAGCCUUCCUCCCCACACCCAGUUUAGUCUCUAGUUCACUGUUCAAUUUUGGCUUUCUGCUCUACUUUCCCCCUGACUUUUUUUUUUUUUUAGACCUUUCAUUGUGAUUUACAACCCUAAUAUCCCAAACACAUACAAAACUUACUAGUUAGCUAGUUCAACUGCAAAACUCUAUUGACCUCCUCUGGCCCACACCCCAUAUCAUGGCAUUAAAUAAAAUGUAGGGAUGAUGACAGUGGUGUAAAUAGUAUCAUCCUAUUUAACUCAUCAACAUUUAGGAGGUUUAGGGUUUAGGGUUUAUUUUCUUUGACAAAGAAAAAAGGAAUUUUUAUAAGGACUUCCUGUUGUAUCCGCGGUGGAGCCAGGGAGGCACAUGUCUUGAGUGCUUAUUGAGAUGAUAGAUAAGGAGCUGAAUUCCUAGGAAGCCAAACAACACUUGUAGGAAUUCCUUUGAAAUUGUAAGAAUUGGCUGAAUUCUUAAGAGCUAAAUUUUAAUUAAGUCAAGGACCUGAGAGGACAGAAGGCUUGGCCACAGAAUUUCUGCUUAGGAAAGAAACAUAACUGAGUGGUGGAGACAAGUAGACACCCCUUCUUUAGACUGAAAUUCCUAUUGCAGCUCUCUAAGCAACUGGUUUUUCCCAUUUCCAUACUACAUUUUUCCAUUUCUUCAUUGCAGGAUUGAAUCCUUUUUUCCAUGUGGGACAUUGUAGUCAUCAGUUUCCAGUGGUAACCUUGGCCAAGUCCCUAACCUGUGGGAUCAUUUACCAAACCCUUAGAAAGAACAAGGCAGAGCUUCUGAGGGCUUGUUACUAUGAUUCUUUCGGUAAUUUAUCCAACGAAAUAACUUCCCAUACGCUCUGAUAACCUGACUUUCCUAACGCUUUAGUUGCCAUGCAGAACUUCAGGGGGAUUUCUCUCCUCUUAAUCAGAAUAAAGAUUAAUUUGCUAAAACUACAGAAAGCAUGCCAACUUAGUACUGUGAAGGUCAACAUGAGUGAGCUUAUACUUGUUUGCUUUAUACUUACUUCUGCACUAGUCUGUUUUAUCCAUAUAAAUUAAGGAUGAUGAUAGGUGUUGGUGACCUGUAUGGAGAUCUGGAACUGAUAAAAUUCAAGACAGUGCUAUAUUAUCAUUAUCUUCUUAAUCAUUGCCUGGCUUAGAAGCAAAAUGCUAGGGCAAGUUUAUGUUGUUCCCAUGCAACUCAAAACUAAUGAAGAUGUGGUAACUGACUUGAGAGCUAAUCCUUAAAUCUGUAAAUUGUUUUAAACUUCAGGCUCUGACCAAUCUUGAUCUUAAAGAGACUGAUAAUAGAAUUUCAAAUCAACUAUUCUAUAUUUUCUAAUUUGAAUUUGUAUGGUAAAAAAUAAAUAACAUUUAAUAUUUUGUGUUAUGAAUGUUUGUAAAUUCUACCUUUCCCUUUUUCUAUUUAUCUGCUUAUUUAAGUAAAGUUUUCAUAAACCAUGACCUAUAUUUUCUAUGUAAUUUAAAGAUAUUCAAUUAAUAUUUUAAUAUUGAUUCUUGACUUUUUUUUAAUGACCAGCUUUUGAGUUCUAUUUCAGUAAAUAUCUGAGUCUACAUGUAUGCUACAAAAGAGGAGAUGAAGUUAGCUUAUUUUUCACUGAGUUUAGGCUAUAUUAACAUUGAAACAACAUUGUUAACAUAGGUAAGUUAAGGUGAGGAAUCUUUGCACUGGAAUCUACUAUAUCUGGUUUCAAAGGUAACUGAUGGUCAGCACUCACUUGCACGAUUUGUAAUGUUUGCUGUUGGUUUGGCUUAAGAAUCAAGAAAACAGAAAAUGUAUUAAAAUAGCACCUUCUAUAGUUUUAUACUUUUAUAAAACACUUCGUUAAAGAAGUACAGAAAAUUUCUAUGUAUUUUAACAUAAAAACUACUGCUUUUUAAUAUCCAUUUUUGGUAUAGCUGUAGUAAUUUAUAAUAGUAAUUUUUAUACUUAUAAAUGGAAUAAUCCAGGAGGGAGAAUCAAUACUAAUAAGUAUCUGGUAAAUUAUUAACUUGUUUAGAUAAUGGACUUCUAAAGCCAUAAAUUUUUAAAUGUAAAGUCCAUUUAAAAUAGGGCCUAAUGAGGUUAUUUUAAUUUUUAGAGACUUUUCACUAAAGAAUUUAUUCCCUUACAUUGUAAAUACAUUGAUGUUAAUAAAACUCUAACUGCUCCUAACAAGCUUUUGGCUGAUAAUAAGCUAAUAAAAGUGACUGUAGGAGGUAACUUGGUGCCUGUAUUGGAGGUUAUGAAAGAAAGUCCACUUAGGUGAUGGUGAAGAAGGGAAUCAAAUUGGAAAAACUGUAAAAGGAUGCCAGUGGAUUAAAGAGACCUUACUGGUAAGAGUUUAUUGUUAAUGUUAGUACUGCUCCAGAAUAUCCCAGUUAGAUGUACAGUGUAAAUGUGUAAAUAUUUUAUUCUCAAAGCAAGUUUGUGAUGUAUUACCACUUAGGGGCUCUUUGUAACAGGAACUCCUGUGUCCUGAAACAAAUAAGCCUUAAGCACUUUUGUUAAAAUGCUGUCAAAUAAUCCUUUUAUAUACUUGUUCUCAAACUGUUCUCCAGAUGUGAAAUGAGACAAAGCACACCUUUAAAACAAUACCUGUGUUGAAAUAAAUGAUUUCAAUAAAU